AUGUCGGGCUCGACGCUCCCCAGCGCUUUGGUCAUCUCGCUGUUGCUGGUCUCCCUCCUCCCAGGGCCAGGCGCUGCUCAGAACGCUGGGUUUGUCAAGUCGCCCAUGUCAGAAACUAAGCUCACUGGGGACGCCUUUGAGCUGUACUGUGAUGUGGUCGGGAGCCCCACGCCAGAGAUCCAGUGGUGGUACGCAGAAGUCAACCGAGCAGAGUCUUUCAGACAGCUGUGGGACGGUGCACGGAAGCGCCGUGUCACCGUAAACACCGCCUACGGGUCAAACGGCGUGAGUGUGCUGAGAAUAACCCGGCUCACCUUGGAGGACUCUGGGACUUACGAGUGCAGGGCCAGCAACGACCCCAAGAGGAAUGACUUGAGGCAAAACCCCUCCAUAACAUGGAUUCGAGCCCAGGCCACCAUAAACAUCCUUCAGAAGCCAAGUAUUGUCACCAGUGGAGAAGUCACUAUUGGAGACCCUGCUCUCCCUAUCACCCUGCAGUGUAACCUCACCUCCAGCUCUCACAUCCUUACAUACAGCUACUGGACAAAGAAUGGGAUAGAACUGACUGCCACUCGUAAGAAUGCCAGCAACAUGGAAUACAGGAUCAGUAAGCCGAGAGCUGAAGAUUCAGGCGAAUACCACUGUGUAUAUCACUUUCUCAGUGCUCCUAAAGCAAAUGCUACCAUUGAAGUGAAAGCUGCACCUGCUAUCACUGGCCAUAAACGGAGCGAGAACAAGAAUGAAGGGCAGGAUGCCAUGAUGUACUGCAAGUCAGUUGGCUACCCCCACCCAGAGUGGGUCUGGCGCAGGAAGGAGAACGGUCUGUUCAUGGAUAUUGCUAAUAACUCCGGCCGCUUCUUCAUCAUUAACAAGGAAAAUUACACUGAGUUGAGCAUCAUGAACCUCCAGAUCACAGAGGACCCUGGCGUGUAUCAAUGUAAUGCCACCAACUCCGUUGGUACUCACUCCGAAGUCACCAUCCUCAGGGUACGGAGCCACCUGGCCCCACUCUGGCCUUUCUUGGGAAUCCUGGCUGAAAUCAUCAUCCUUGUGGUGAUCAUUGUUGUGUAUGAGAAGAGAAAGAGACCUGAUGAAGUUCCUGACGACGAUGAACCAGCUGGGCCAAUGAAAACCAACUCUACCAACAAUCACAAAGAUAAAAACUUGCGCCAGAGAAACACAAAUUAA